UAAACCGUGCGUGCUUAUCUCUAACGUCAGUUAAGUACUAACAAUGCCGAAUUCAAGCAAAGUGCAUGCUUGAUAUCAGCUUUGCGAAUUAAUAAAAUUCAUAAAAGUAACAUAGAAAACUACUCAUUAAUAUGAAGAACCGAUUAUCAUAUUCAGAGAGGAUGUUUUGCUUAUUUCUAAUGCAUACCAUCGUGCUGGUGGUACACGGAUCAUUGCUUACCGACUACAUUGAAAAACAUCGACACAUUUCAGGUCAAGCAUAUAGACGUCAGCUUCUUGGUUGUAAUGAGAAAUGCUCACCUGCUUUUUGCACAAAAGAUUGCCCUGCUGCUUGUUGUAUAAUUCUUCUUUUACCUCCUGCUCCUCCAGCGGGACCUCCUGGUCCUCCAGGUAUAAAUGGACUUAUGGGACCACAAGGACCUACCGGGCCUAUGGGUCCUCCUGGUGCACCUGGAGCACCAGGUCUGCCAGGACCACCGGGACCACCUGGAGCGCCUGCUGGUCCACCUGGAAUACCAGGAUUGCCUGGUCCACCAGGAAAACCAGGAAAUCCUGGUCCACCAGGAGCUCCAGGGGCUCCUGGAACUCCAGGUACGCCAGGAUUACCAGGUCCUCCAGCUGCUCCACCUCCAGCCCCAAUGUGUCCAGAAGAUUGCAUGACACACUGCACCUUAUCGUGCCAUCCUGCUUGCUGUCCAUUCAGAUAACUCAUGUAUUUAGAGAGAUAAGUCCUGAUAAGCUAGAACACUUUUUAAAACUCGUUGAGCUGUUAUUUUUAAUUAACUGCUUUUUUAACCCGAAUUGUAAACUAGUUCAAAAUAUUAAUAUGUAAAUAAUUCUAAUUUUUAUAUAUUUGUAUUGGAAAUGAU